CUCGAAGCAAUCUCUCUCCCGUCUUUUUCCUCAUGAAGUAAGGACUAAAAUAACAAGACUAAACCCCCUCUCCACCUCUCUUAUCCUUUUCCCCCUUUCCCUUUUCUUCUCAAUUUAAACUCUCUCGUCCCUUCCACCUCACGAUUAGGGUUUCUUCUUCCUCCCCCUCUCAACCAUGGCGGUGUUGAUCGAAGAUCUCAUCAAAACGAUCGAGCUGUUGCUGAGAUUCAACAAGAAACACAGCAAGCCGAGGAUCGAUCCAGACCUCGAUCCGGUCCUUUUGGUCCCUGGAAUCGCUGGAUCGAUUCUGAACGCUAAGUAUGAAGAUGGAAGAGAGGAGAGGGUUUGGGUUCGGGUCCUUGGAGCCGAUCAUGAGUUCAGGACCAAACUCUGGUCCAAGUUUGAUCCAGCUACUGGUAAAACAGUAUCCAUGAAUGAGAAUACGACAAUCGUUGUACCUCAAGACAGAUAUGGUCUAUAUGCGAUUGAUACAUUGGAUCCUGAUAUGAUAAUAGGACAAGAAGCCGUCUUUUAUUAUCAUGAAUUAAUAGUUCAAAUGAUCAAAUGGGGUUUCCAAGAAGGAAAAACGCUUUUUGGAUUUGGAUAUGACUUUCGCCAAAGUAACAGGCUUCAAGAAACUCUGGAUAAACUUUCUGCAAAGCUAGAGUCAGUAUACACUUUAUCAGGGGGCAGAAAGAUAAAUAUUAUAACUCACUCCAUGGGAGGGCUGCUUGUGAAAUGUUUCAUGUCUUUGCAUAGUGAUAUUUUUGAAAAAUAUGUGAAAAACUGGAUUGCAAUUGCUGCACCAUUUCAAGGUGCACCUGGAUAUAUUACAGCGGCUCUAUUAAAUGGAUGCUCUUUUGUUGAUGGGUGGGAACAAAAUUUUUUCAUUUCCAAGUGGAGCAUGCAACAACUUCUGAUUGAAUGUCCAUCAAUAUAUGAGUUGAUGGCCAACCCUGACUUCUCCUGGGAUUGCCAUCCACUUGUGCAAGUGUGGAGAGAGAUACAUGAUGAUGAUGGUUCUGGAAGCUCUCGCACUUUGUUGGAGUCAUAUCAGCUGACUGAAUCUUUACCUUUAAUGAAGGAAGCUCUUUCAGGCAACAUGGUUGAGGUUGAUGGCAAGCAGAUUCACUUACCAUUGAACUUACAGAUUUUGAAAUGGGCUAACGACACUCGUAACAUCUUAUCAAAUGCUAAGGUUCCAGCAACAGUUAACUUUUACAAUAUAUAUGGGACUCACUAUGACACACCCCAUAGUGUUAGCUAUGGUAGUGAAGAAGCACCUAUUUCAGAUGUUAAAGAACUGCUUUGCGCCUUUCCAAGGUUCAUAUAUGUUAAUGGUGAUGGGACAGUUCCAGUAGAAUCUGGCAAGGCAGAUGGACUUGAUGCAGUUGCAAGGGUAGGUGUUUCUGCCGAUCACCGUGGAAUCGUCGCUGAUCAUCGUGUAUUUAGAAUACUUAAGCAAUGGCUCAAAGCCGGAGAACCGGAUCCCUUCUACGAUCCUCUAAAUGAUUAUGUCAUUCUUCCUACCGCCUUCGAGGUAGAGAAGUAUGUGGAGCAAGGGUUGCAGGUUACCACUCUGAAAGAAGAUUGGGAGAUCAUCUCGCCGGAAACUGACGACACCGUCAAUAACGAGCCAGCUGAUAAUCCAACAACUAUUGGUGGUUUGUUAGUUACUGUUGGAAAGGAGCAGCCAUAUUCAGAGGCCCAGGCCAGUGUAGUUGUUCAUCCUCGGAGUGAAGGAGCGCACCAUGUUGAAGUUAGGGCUGUAGGUGUUACCGCUAGUGGGUGAUAAUAUGAAGAAUGAUACCAGCUCAAGCUCAGUGCAGCUGUCCAAGAAGCUCAAUCCCCGGUUUAUGAUUAAUGUCACUGUAUAUUGUACUGUAUGUGAAUAUGAUGUAAACACAUGUAAAUAUGAAAACCCUAUCUAUAAUGUAUUUCAAAACAGACACAAGUUUGUACUCAGAGCACUCUUAACAUAUAAUUUUAUAGUAAUAAUUGGAAAUUUAUGCACUUA